UUAGCCUGUGUGCCAGCCCCUCUGACAGCCAUGAGGUCCUCUGUGUCUCGGCAGAUGUACUCCACCAAAGGGGGCUUCAGCUCCAACUCCGCCAGUGGAGGGGGUGGGUCCAGGGCCCACACCAGCUUCAGCUCUGUGACGAUGUCCCGGAGCAGUGGCAGUAGUGGUGCGGCACGCUGUGGCCCCCGCAUGGGCAGCUUUGGCAGCCGGAGCCUCUAUAACUUAGGGGGCAGCAAGAGCAUCUCUGUCAGUGUGGCUGGAGGGGCCUGCUCAGGGCGGGCCCUAGGAAGCUUCGGCCAUGGCAGCGGGGCCUACAUGGGCCUGGGGGCUGGAAGGCAGACAUUCGGGCCUGUCUGUCCCCCUGGAGGCAUCCAGGAGGUUACUGUCAACCAGAGCCUGCUGACCCCUCUCAAUGUGGAGAUCGACCCAGAGAUCCAGCGGGUGCGCACCCAGGAGCGGGAGCAGAUCAAGACCCUCAACAACAAGUUUGCCUCCUUCAUCGACAAGGUGCGUUUCCUGGAGCAGCAGAACAAGGUGUUGGAGACCAAGUGGGCGCUGCUGCAGGAGCAGGGCCAGAACUCGGGCACCACCAGGAACAACCUGGAGCCCCUGUUUGAGACCUACACGGGCAGCCUGCGCAGGCAGCUGGACAACCUCCAGGGCGAACGAGGGAGGCUGGACUCGGAGCUGAGGAACAUGCAGGACCUUGUCGAAGACUUCAAGAACAAGUACGAAGAUGAAAUCAACAAGCGCACUGCCGCCGAGAACGAGUUUGUGGUGCUCAAGAAGGAUGUGGAUGCUGCGUACAUGGGCCGAACGGAUCUGCAUGGCAAAGUGGGCACCUUGGCAGAGGAACUCGACUUCCUGAAUCAUCUCUAUGAAAUGGAGCUGAGCCAAGUGCAGACUCACGUGUCUGACACUAAUGUCAUCCUUUCCAUGGACAAUAACCGCAGUCUUGAUCUGGACAGCAUCAUUGCCGAAGUCAAGGCCCAGUAUGAGCUGAUUGCCCAGAGGAGUAGGGCUGAGGCUGAGGCCUGGUACCAGACCAAGUAUGAGGAGCUGCAGGUGACAGCUGGGAAGCAUGGGGACAAUCUGCGUGACACCAAGAAUGAGAUUGCUGAACUCACCCGCACUGUUCAGAGGCUGCAGGGUGAGGUGGAUGCAGCCAAGAAGCAGUGCCAGCAGCUACAGGCUGCCAUUGAAGAUGCAGAGCAGCGUGGGAAUUUGGCAUUAAAGGAUGCUCAGAAGAAACUUGGGGACCUGGAUGCAGCCCUGCUCCAGGCCAAGGAGGACUUGGCCCGGCUGCUGCGUGAUUACCAGGCCCUGAUGAAUGUCAAGUUGGCCUUGGACGUGGAGAUCGCUACCUACAGGAAGCUGCUGGAGAGCGAGGAGAGCAGGAUGUCUGGAGAAUGCCCCAGUGCUGUCAGCAUUUCGGUGACUGGCAACUCUACCACUGUGAGCGGAGGCGGCGCAGCUGGCUUUGGGGGUGGCAUAUCCCUGGGUGGGAGUGGGGGUGCCAGUAAGGGUGGCUUUAGCACCAAUGUGGGCUAUGGCACUGUCAAGGGUGGGCCCGUUUCUGGGGGCACCUCCAUCUUACGGAAGACCACCACAGUCAAGACAUCCAGCCGGAGGUACUAGCUGCUGAGCCUUGCAAGCUGCGGCCCUUGUAGUCCUUUCCCCACCCCACUUACCCACCUCUGCUGCCUUCCCCACCCAGGGAGCAAGAAUAGCCCCAGGACCACAGAUCUGGUGUAUUUGCAUGCCAGACUCUUUGCAUGCAAUCUGCAGUUUGGGAAGGGCUCAACUCCACCCAGCUUUCUCCUUGGUUCUGUGAUGGGGAUGGGAGGGGAAGUUAAGGCUACCAGCUUGAGUGAUGUGUUUGGGGGAUUUGGGGUGACCAUUUGACCACUGAGAAGAGGUUGGAUUUCCCAGGCCAUCUUGGCUUCCCACACCUCUGGUUUGACCUCAGGGCAGGCUAGGGGAGGAGGAAGGGAAGCCAGGAGUGGUCCCCAAAUGCCCUUCAACCUCACCAGUCUCCCACCAGCCCCACCCACACCCUGAAUCUACCCACAGCCCCCUCCACUGUUUGUGCCUGUGAUGUGUCUCAAUAAAUGGUGACUGCA